AAAUUCAACAGGGACACAUACAUAUUUGUGGCCAUACUAGCAGGAAUUGCUGGAAUCGGAUUCAUUUACACAGUAGUGUUGAUGGUACAAGACUCUGAACUCUUUGAAGAUAUCUUCCUUCGUUCUAUGGAUUUGAUCACCAUUGCUGUACCCCCGGCCCUGCCAGCUGCCCUUACUAUCGGGAUUGUGUUUGCCCAGAGUCGCCUCAAGAAAAGUCAGAUUUACUGCAUCAGCCCACAUAGUAUCAACAUCAGCGGUACCAUCAAUGUUGUAUGCUUUGAUAAGACAGGCACACUGACAGAGGAUGGAUUAAACAUGCAGAGUGUUGUCCCAGUACAAGAUGGCUGUUUUACCGAGGAGGUCCAUGAUAUAAAGCUCCUCCCAGCUAAACAGAGCCUGCUUCUGAAUGCCAUGGCAACCUGUCAUUCCCUGACGAUGAUUGAUGGGGUCCUCAGUGGGGAUCCUUUAGAUCUCAUCAUGUUUGAGGCCACAAACUGGAAUCUAGAGGAGCCGGGAGAGGAGGAAGCUAGUAGAUAUGAUAUGAUUGUCCCCACCAUAGUCCGACCCAAGGCGGUCAAGGACAACCAGGAGCUCUUUGAUGAACAGUUCAAGCCAAAAUAUGAGGAGAUAGCCAUCAUGAGGCAGUUUACUUUUGCCUCCAGUCUACAGAGAAUGUCUGUCAUAACACGGAAAUUAGGAGCCCCGAACUUUGAACUCUACACAAAAGGGGCCCCAGAAAUGAUUGCUUCCCUGUCUAAACCCGAAUCAGUGCCAGGCAAUUUUCACAAGUUCUUAAUCAAUUACACGAAACAUGGUUACAGAGUUCUUGCCCUUGCAUACAGAUCCCUUCCAACAAAAUUAAAGUAUGCAAAGAUACAGAGAAUUCAGAGAGAGCAAGUGGAAAGAAAUCUGACUUUCCUGGGAUUCCUGGUGCUGGAGAAUCGACUGAAGCCAGAAACCACCCCUAUCAUACACAAACUCUUAGAUGCUGACAUCAGGACUGUCAUGGUCACAGGUGACAACAUGUUGACAGCCUUGAGUGUGGCCCGAGAAUGUGGAAUGGUCAGUGAACAUCAGAAAAUCAUUUUAGUCCAAGCGUUUCCUGGGAUGCCCGGUAAAAAUGACCCCUGGCUGGAGUACAUGUACACCGAGGAUCCUGAGGACCACAGUCAGGGGAAAUCUACAGAGACAAGAUUGACCAUGCCUAAUGGAGAUUUCACUGAUCCUCACUUUCACUUUGCUAUGGAUGGAAAAUCAUGGGCUAUUGUCAGAAAUCACUUUCCAUUACUUCUGCAAAAAAUCUGCACCAGAGGCACAGUGUUUGCCAGAAUGUCGCCCGACCAGAAAUCUCAGCUGAUUGAAGUUCUACAGGAACUGGGAUACUUUGUGGGUAUGUGUGGGGAUGGGGCUAAUGACUGUGGAGCCCUGAAGACAGCUCAUGCUGGUAUCUCACUCUCUGAGGCAGAGGCAUCUGUAGCAUCUCCCUUCACAUCCAAACAACCCAAUAUUGAAUGUGUACCAAAGCUCAUCAGGCAGGGCAGAGGGGCAUUGGUGACAUCGUUUGGGAUCUUUAAGUAUAUGGCCUGCUACAGUUUGACUCAGUUUGUCUCAGUGUUAAUUCUCUAUUGGAUAUUUGCCAACCUAACGGACUUUGAGUUCCUUUAUAUAGAUUUAUUCCUGCUAACAUCCCUCAGUGUUACAUUUGGAUACACUAACGCCUAUGACCAGCUGUCUAAGGAUCCACCCCUGGUCAGUCUGUUUAGUGUCUCCCCUGUUUUAUCCAUUAUCCUCCACAUGGUGGUCCAAACAGCUGCUCAGGUCUUCUGCUAUUUUCAUGUAAUGGAACAGCCAUGGUUUGUUAAAUACCAUAAAAAUGAGGAUGAUGACUACACCAGCUAUGAGAACAUGGCGGUUUUUGUUGUGUCCAUGUAUCAGUACAUCACUCUGGCAGUAGUGUUCUCUAAGGGAAAACCUUAUCGAAAAACCAUAUUCUCAAACUAUUUUUUUAUGGCUAAUCUGGCCAUUUGUAUUGGAAUGUCAUUAUGGCUGACUAUCUAUCCUACUGAUGAGGUAGCGGAAUUCUUUGAAC